AUGUUUGUUUCUGUAUCUCGCUCCCUGCGAUCACCCCUCAUCAGCAGAGCCUCUGGAAGAUUCAGUCAUCCCGCAGUCGCAGUAGCCAAGCAAUCUUCUCGAUCUUUCUCCUCCCUUCCUCCUAAUGACCCACAAGCUCAGUUUCAACCAUCGCCUCCCAAGGAAUUGAAUAUGGAAAUGGCCAUUGGGAUUCAAGACGCAAAUCAAUUAUUCUUGAAAUACGGAGUGGGUCAACAACGCUUAAAGUUGCUAUCAGAAGAUGAAAACAUGCCAUUGGUGACUAAGUGGCAAAGAAUGAUGCAAAUCUACUUGGGCAUGCAGCUUCACACGGUGGCUGGAUUGGGAUACCAAGCCAGUGAACAGGGAAUCAUGAUGUACACCCAACAUUUGGCACAAUUUGUUGGCGCUUGCGAACCAUCUGUCCAAGAUCAAUUCCGAGAAGUCGGGCGGACCACCUGGAGAGACAUGUUGUCCCUGGCCUUUGCGUUGGACGAUGAAUUGGCCAGUGGCAAGUAUGAUGAGGAAUUGGGGGUAGUGGAUGCUCGCAAUGCAUCACACAAAGUUGCCUCCAAAAUGAUUGAGCCAGAUGUCCUCGAAGAACUCUCAACCAAGUGCGGUCAACUUCCAUCUGACUCUGACCCAGAAGUCGAAAUGGGAAUGAAGCAUCAAGUCAUUCAAGAUGUCGUUGUCAACAAGGUUUAUCUAGGAGGAUCUCCUUCCCUCGUGGAAGAACUUGGAUAUCCAGCUGGUCCCAAGGGUUAUGCUUUGAUGCAAUACGUCAUGGCCUAUCACGAAAACGAUCCCUUGUGUAUGGAGUACACUAGUAGUUCCAUGGUCAAACUUUGGCAGGCAGCUGGUUUGGAUUUGGGAAAUGUUCCAGGAGCUGGAAAGCUACCAGGAGCACUUCCGUCAGUCUAA